AUGUGUCAGGUAAAAUAAUGUACUGAUUUAAUGGGCAACUGCUUUGGUUUAAUGAAUAACCCUCUUUUUUCUGAUAUUCAAAAAACUGCUAUUGACCUACAUGCUUCAAAAAUGAAAAAUGAUAAUUUUUUGAUAAUUUUUUUCAUUGGAGGACCAGGAUCAGGAAAAGGUACUCAGUCGCAAAAGAUAUCAGAAAAAUAUGGAUUAUUUCACAUAGCAGUUGGAGACCUUUUACGCGAAGAAAUUUCCACAGGAAGUGGAAGAGGAUUCACAAUGGCGAAAUUUAUGAACGAAGGAGAUUUGGUACCGACAGUUCUAGUUCUGGAUUUAAUAAAAGAAAAGAUAUUUCUAAAUAUAGAAAACACAAAUGGUUUCGUAAUAGAUGGUUUUCCAAGAGAAAAAUCGCAGGCGUUGCUUUUCCAAAAUGAUAUCAUUCCUGUAGAUCUUGUCAUUUAUUUAGAAGUUGAAGAUAAUCUUUUACGAGAUAGAUUGCAAGGACGAGCCGUUAUUUCGGGCAGAAAAGAUGAUAAUUAUGUCAUAGAACGUCGUAUUAAGAUUUUUCGAAAAAAUAAGGAAGCUCUUGUAAAAUAUUUUAAACAGAAGCUCAUUUCUGUAAAUGGUGAGCAUGAUGUUGCUGAUGUUUUUUCUGAUGUUUGCAACGCCAUUGAUCAAGUUUUGGAGAAACGUGAAAGUCGGGUGUAAUCCUUGCU